AUGAAAAUUUUUCGCAAAAACUUUUUACGCGAGGGUGAGAUAGGCGUGAUUCCGUCAAAGGGAUACAGGAACGCGGACAAGUCAUCGCAGAAAGCUCUGAGCAAAACUCGCAGAUGGCUCGUGUGGAUGGAACGCAAAUUAGGACAUCAGAUUAUUCACGCGGGACGAGGACGGGAGCAACAAAUUGCAGGCGCGAAAGUUGACGGAUAUUACGAAAUAGUGACUGCUAACGAGACGCGACGUUACGUAUUACAGUUUCACGACUGUUUUUGGCACAGAUAUCCAACUUGCUUUCGCGUUAAUCGCGAUCGUCCGCUUUUAUCCACGAAUCCCGAAGACACCAUCGACACGCGUUACGAACGUACUCUCGCGAAGACGUGGCGUCUUCAAAGGUUAGGGUACCGCGUAACCGAAAAGUGGGAGUGCGACUUUGAUCGAGAUGUGCGAGAAAAUCCGGAAAUUAACGCAUUUUUAGAAAAUCACACAAUAUUGAAACACGCACCUCUUAAUCCACGCGACGCGUUUUACAGCAGACGUACGGAGAACAUCGCAACCCUUUAUGAAGUUAAGGGUACAAAGAAAAUACGUUACGUUGACGUAUGUUCUUUGUACCCUUUCGUAUUAAAAACCGGUGCUUUCCCGAUUGGUCAUCCCGAUAUUUAUAUCGGAGAAGAAUGUGACAGAUUAAUCAGGACAGCACUGAAUUUUAAUUUCGACAAUGUAGAAGGUCUUGUCCGCUGUAGAGUAUUCCCACCGCGCAAUCUUUAUCAUCCGGUGCUCCCGUUCUGCGUUAACGAUAAAUUGAUAUUCGGACUAUGCCGUAGCUGCGAAACCUUUUCGAAAACGCACUGCACUCACGAUUCUCCCUCCGAUCGUGAAUUCGCGGGUACAUGGGUAUCCUGCGAAUUGCGUAAGGCUGUCGAAAAGGGUUAUAUCGUGACGGAGGUGAGCGAAAUUUGGCAAUACAAAGUCACGAAAUAUGAUCCCGGUAACCGGCAGGGUGGCUUGUUUGCCGAAUAUAUAAAUUGUUUUUUACAAUUAAAGCAAGAAGCGAGCGGGUGGCCGAGCGAAUGCCAGGACGACGAUGUGGCUAAGGAACGAUACCUGAGAGAGUAUAAAAAAACCGAGGGUAUCGUUCUGGAAAAAAAUAACAUCGCUCGAAAUCCUGAUCUUCGAUCGCAUUUCGUGACUUUGCUCACGAGUCCCGAGCACGAAAUAACCAGUAUAUUACCCGUCAACGACGAGGUAAUGUACGUUUCAUGGCGGCUACGCGAGGAAGCGGUCGUAGCCUCGCCGAUAACUAACGUCGUUAUCGCUGCCUAUACGACAGCACAGGCAAGCUCUGGUGCUCCGAACGAGUACGAACCACAUACGGGUAACUUUUUAGGCGACAUGACGGAAGAACUCGAUUGCUAUGGCAGCGGUAGCUACAUUGAGUCGUUCGUAUCGGGAGGGCCGAAAUUUUACGCGUAUGUAGUUCGUACGCUGGAAGGAAACACCCACGAGGUCUGCAAAGUGAAGGGGAUAACAUUGAAUUACGCUAAUUCAAGGCUCCUGAACUUUCAUAGUAUAAGAAAUCUAAUAUCUGAGGUAGAAGAAGAGGAAGAAGAAGAACCGGGAAGGGAUGGCGUGAUAAAACUGCGUUUUACCGCAAUUCAGCGUACAGCGUUUCACGACAUCGUGACACGUAGUGAAAAAAAAACCUGUGUGCCAAAAAAAUUGCUAAAACGCAUAUUUAUCGAUAAUCACUAUUUGUUCCCGUAUGGUUUUUGUUAA